AUGGAAUCUGCCAAGGUUUCAAACACAGCGGUCCCAGUUGAGGGUGGUUCACCAGCAUCCUCUACGGCUGCCUCUGAUUCCACCUCCGCCUUCCACUCUAGUUAUGAGGCCCACGAGUCAACAGCGAACGUUGCGUGCGUGUGUACUGCGGCGUCAGAAGUACCUCCUGUUGUCAAGGCGUCAUCCGUGGAGAGCUCUGGAACCAGUCAUAGUAGUUCUGGAAGAGAGCAUUUAGAGGUGGCUCCUAUUUCUUCCGCGGAAAGCGUCGCCGAUCAGAAGAAGCUUGAUCAACGGCGUGCCUUCCUGCAAAAUAUGAACCAACUGAAGCGGACCGGUUGGUACUGGGGUCCACUAACCAUUGAUGAAGCUGAACGGUUGUUGAUGAACCGACAGGAUGGCAGUUUUCUCGUUCGCGACAGUGGGCACGAGCUCUAUAUUCUAAGCCUGAGUUUUCGUGCUCAGAAUCGCAUAUACCACACGCGGAUUGAACAUUCUGGGGUAGAGAUUACUUUACGCAGCAGUGACGAAUCUGGUGUCGAGCAGAGGCUGAAUGUUUUUAGGAUAGGCUAUGAAGCUCGCUUCUUCUUCCUAUUUGUAAUCCUGCGAUACUCAGUGACGGGUCCACGUUACCCUUCACUCCGACGCGCUAGGCUUAGGAGUUUUUUUAACCUCCGGCCUACCUGCUGGCUGUUAAAGGAAGCCGGGCCCGUAGAGCCACUAUCUGCGGAGUCUGGAUUACAUAUUGGAGUUACGGGCGCUCAGCUGCUUAUAAUUUCCACAGUCGUGAAAGCUUUGGAUCUCCGGGACACGGGUGAGGAGUCUUGA